GAAGAACUUCCUGCGUCAAAAUGGCGUCUUACGUGUUUUGCUGUUGUAGAGAUGGGACCUUCGGGCCUGGUCAUGUCCAGUUAAAGGAUCUUCCAUCUGUAAAGCUUGAUACUAGCUUUAUGGGCAAGUUAAUUCAUUCUGAAAAUAUAAAUUAAGUUAUACACGUUGACUCACACGUUUAAUUCUUUUCAAAGCAUUUUCGGACAAAGCAAAACACGACUCAGACGUGGGUCGACUCUUCUUACACUUUAAAUUUAAGUUAACUUAACUAACUUUACUCAAUUUACUAAGUUACUAGUCUAGUGUUGCAGAUAACAAAGCUCAGGAUUAGAGUGCAGACCGACUUAAAACUGUUGUCAGGAUCAAAUAACUCAGUUAAUUGAGACCUCUAUUAUUUGCUUUGUUGUAAAAGGAUAUAACAAAUAGGCUGUGUCUACACGCGCCGGACGUCUAUCUCCCGCACUUUUUGUCCGGCGACCAAGUCACAUGACCGCCGUAACAAAGUGGCGAGAGAUAUAUUGUCCGUCAGCCUUGUCACAUUAACUAUUGUUAAUUUUAAAAUCUAUUUCUGUACCAAGUAAUGUACUGAGUAUCUUGCAUGCAAAUAAUAGACAAAAACUUAAGUGAAAGUGGCUUGUAAACAUUUUUUUUUAGUUUGUUAUUUGAGUUUGUGCACCAGCAAUCCAUAAAAUAAAUUAGGUGCCAGUGUGGAGUAGGCUUUCACCAGAUAUAAAGUUUGCGAUCAACGGUAAGAUUUUUUUCUUUCUUAAGGCCGGUCAAAACGCUCUCAACUUUAGUGGAAUUAGUGGAAAAAACUACGUUUACAUUGAUAUAAUGUUACAAUAACAUCAUAAUUAUUGAAAUUAACUAUUGAAGCUUAAUUAUAUUCAUUUAUUAUUCCAGUAUAUCAAGUGCAUAUUUUAUUAUAUUUUUUUUCCAUAGGCAUAGAUGAUAGUUGUUUGAAAUUUCCUUUGUUUGCUGCUUUUGCAGUAGAGGCGAUGACUUAGAUACUUUGGUCAAAAAUGUAAACAUUUUUUUUAAAAAUAAACCAAUGGCACAGUUGAAUAGAGCUAAUUUUAAACAUAAUUAUAACACCAAAAUCAUAUUUUUAGCUGUUGUAGUUUUAAAGUUAUGAAUUUUUAAAGUACGACUUGGUUUGUCAUUUUUUAACAUAGACUGCAUCUCCACAUUCUGUGACCUCAUUCCACUGAUCGCGUCAUGCGCAAUGACUAUAUAGUUUAUAUAAGGCAAUGCAUUCCCUUAUCACUAAAAUACUGUUUAGGGUCGACUUAUUUUAAACUUUCAACUUUGGCACAUGAAUAAUUAAUAAAAGCUUUCCCUGACCAAUGGUUUAAUAGCUUUUGCACACGGCAAACUCUUAUGAAUGAAACUCUGAGAUAGUACUACGACGUAGCCGUUAUGCAAGUGGCUGUGAAUGGUUGCCAAUGACAACGUGUUGCACAGGGAAAAUUCUGAUCAUUUAUAAUAUGGACUCUGCAGGGUUUUUAAAGCUCAAAUUAAAACAUUUCCAGUUUAAAUGUCUUCAAAAUGCAUUCUGAAACACAAAAUAUAAAAUAUUUUGAUGUAUAUAGUGGUAAUAAUUAAAUAUUUCCUAAGUAUCGGCAACUUCCGCCAUUAAAAAGGGGGCGUGGCCCACGCCAUGUCGAAAUUAGGCUGAGCCACCUUAUGGUGAUAUGGGUCAAUGUGACAAGUGUAACAAACGUGAGACACGACCUACAUCAAUGAAACUUGGCACAGAUAUAGAUCAAUAUCUAAUGCUCAUACAGAUUUAAUCAAAAAGGACCUUAUCUUAUUAUUUCACAAAAAAUUUUGUAUGCGAAGAUGCCUUAUAUAUACCAAAGAUUUUCAAAAUAAAGGUCGAUUGAAAAAAGCAAAAUAGCUGGCUAGAAAUGUAGGCCAAGAUGUCUUCCAAAUUAUAAGGCCGGAAACGGAACUCAAAUAUAUGUGCAAAGAACUAAUUUAAUAAUAAAUAGACACACACAUCGGAAAAUUAAAAACUCGGAUUUUUCGGCGCCGACGCCCAUUUCCGAUACAAAAAAAAUAGUAGUCUCCCUUGUUUCAUCGAAGUAUCUAGGCGAUGACUUUUAGGUCUAUAUUUUACUCUGCAUUAAAAACAGCGGUAAAUGUUUAGAAGGCUACCCGGGGUUUCUGCGAUCUUGGUUGACAAAACCAGUUGAUUCUAUUUCUAUCACUUACUCUAAACCUAAACAAAAUCGAUGCCUUUUAGGUACUUUGACACAAAAUUUAAAUAUUGUCUGAUUGCCAUGAAUUAUACAUCAUUUUAAUGGUCUAGCUAUACUAUAACCUUUAUAACAACACCAAUUUCAUCUUUCUAUCUUUUAUAGAAGUGGAGUUAUGAUUUUUUUGGUGAUUUUUUACAACCCCCUUCUUUAUCUUUGUAUUUAACCGAAAAAACUUGUGACCCACUUUCCAAAUUUCUGCCUUAUUUUGCCCCAAACUUUUUUAUUUUAAAAGAUAAUGUUAAGAAAAACAUAAGCAGAAAAGUAGGAAAAAUUAACAUUUGUAAAGGAAAAAACAAAAAAAUAACAUGUUUAUUGUAUUUUAAUGAAUAAUGUGCUUACAUUUUAAACCAAUUCUUAUAUUUAUGAAAGGUAAGUAAGAAGAAAGGUUGGUAGCUGGGUGGCCGAGCGGUCUAAACUGUCUCAAACGAAAUAGCUGGUGGUCUGGAGUUCAAUCCCCACCAAAGCCAUCCCAAGCUUGGGCCCACCUACCCUGAGCAAUCGGAACCUGCCGUUGCUGUCUAAGAGAAGGCAAACUCUGAAUUUAAAACCAGGAGCCAGAAUGAUCAACAAAUUGAUCGUGGGCACCUCAAAUAUAAGAAGAAGAAGAAGUAAAAGAUUUCAUUUUAAAUUGUUACAAAAUAUUUAAAAACUUCUCAUGAAACUACUGUUGCUGAUGAACAUGAUAAUAUAAAUAUAGUAUAAAAUAUUUUACAUUAAAAUGGGAGAAAAGAAAAACGAUCAUAUCCCCGGUAUUGAUCCUCAAAACAUAAUACAAGAUCUGCCCAACUGAACUUCGUUCGGAAUUAUAAAAACUACUAGCCGUCCGGCGGUAUGUCACGUGACAUACCGCCGGACGUAUAUCUUGCGCACUAUUUGGACGUGUAGACACUUCGCAACAAAUAAUGGUCUAAUGACUAAUGUGUUUAUUAACGUUGCCAUGAAUUAAUUAAUUAAUUAGGGUUCAGGUUAGGUUUAGGGAUACAUUUAGGUAGGGACCUCGGUAUGAUCCGGUAAGUGCCGAAAACCGGGUAUCGUGAUUUCGUUGUCAAAAUGGUGACCUCCACUUUUUAAUUUACCGAGGGUAGUGUUGUUUAGGAUUAUUUUUGCUAAAGUUAGUUUUUUAAUAAAUUCUACUUCUGCCCUCAACUUAAAGCAGACAUGUUUCUUGUUCAUUUGACACUUUCCUUUUAGAAAAAAUUUGAUGGUUUGACUUUGAAAAUCAAUGGUAAAUUGAAAAUUAAUGGUAAAUAAUAGCUAAUUUGACUCAUUCAUAAUUUUUUGUGGAAAAUAUAAGUUUAAAAAAAGAAAAUACCAAUGUUAGAUGAAGGCAUAAUUAACAACAUAUCCAAAAUUCGUGAGGUUAGGACCAGUGCAUGGGUGAGAAAUUUUUGCACAAAAGUUUUGUCACGUGUCCCAAAAUUACCUAUUAUGGAUAAUGAACGUUUUUGUAGUAAGUAGCUCGAUUUACACUGGAUAUCCAGCAUAUUACCCACUAAUAAUAUUUUAAAACAAAGCAACAAUUUAAUAGCUCUAAUUAGGUAUUCUAAAUGAAAAUUUCAUAACGAAAUUAAAUAAAAUUGAACUAUUCCCCUAAAUAGAGCUUGACUUCAUCAGAACAGAACCACAAAUUUUAACUCUCUAUCUCCAACAAUAAAAAAGUUAUUAAUUUUUAAAAAAUCGGGAACAGGGUCAAUUUUUAGAAGCCAGGAAAGUGUAGUUUUGACACCCGCUAUCUCCUAAAAUAACUAAGUUAGAACUUUCAAAUCUCUUGCCCACACAACCAGUUAUACAUAUAACAAGCUCAAUUUUUUUUAGGGUUGUCACGAAAAUGUAAAUAUAUUUUUUAUUCAUCCAAAAACGAGCUGAAGCCCAAUUUUACAAAAUAUUAAAAUGGAGACAAAAAGUCGAUUUUAGUUCAUUUUUAAAAAAUCAUAAAAAAUCAAUUAGUUAAGUUAUUAUAAAUAUACAGGAGUCAAGUAAAAGGUAAUUUAAAGCACAACAAUGUGAAAUCAUCAGGUAAAGGUGAAAACAAGAAAAUAAUUUACAUAAAUUAUUUCAGCAAGGCAUGUACACAAAAAUUGAGAAUUUCAAACAUUUUUGAAAAUUCAUAAAAAAUUAACGAAGCAAGAUAUCUUUACGAAUGUUACACAGUAUUGUAGAACAUGUUAAUCUUUUCAAUAAUAAAGUAACAGACUUAGGUUUAGGAAACAAAAUUCUUCUCCACAUAUAUUUUAAAAAUGGGCAUUUUUGCACUGAAAAUUUAUACUUUCCAGCACCUUAAAAAAUGUUCGUAAUUAGAUAUACCCGGUAUAUAUAUCUAUAAAAGUUAUGGAAAAUCUGUAGGAAACAUUAUUAACUAUGAAUUAGUAAUGAAAAUCAAUUUUCUGCCUUUAUUAGCACGUCUGUAUGGAUUUAUUAGUCAGUUUAGAGACAUUUCCCUGCACUGGUUUAAUGAGACAUUUCUGUAAUCUGUUCUUGUACACCAACAACCUGGGAGAAGAAUAUUUUAUUUAAUUUGUACCGUAUUAAUUAAAUUGUAUUUAAUUUAUAUUAUUUAAUAGUAAUGGUUAUCAACUUAGCAUUUAUGAUCAUGUCAUUGCUAUCAAUAUAAUAACAAAAUGCAAAUAUAACUAAUGAUAUUACAAGCGGUAGUACUAACCUGUACUGUUGACUGUUGUCCAGUGUUAGUGUUGUUACACGGCAUGUUUUGGCAGUGGUCUGGGUCUUCUCGUUCUUUUGUAAUGGAAUGGUAUCUGUCUUAAGUUGUUUUCAGUUUCAACCACUGAAAUAUGAAAUGUUAAAAUUAAAACUCAAAAGUUUACAAGAUUUUAACUGCCUCCUAUUUGCCCUAAUUAAUAUGAAUACUGCAUACACGGUAUAUAAUUGAUAACGUUAGUAAAGUAAAGGAGUAAUUUUUUCAGUAAGGUUAAUUUUGGAAUUCGACAUUUACGAAAGGGGGUGAAAGACUAGGUAUCGGUAACUAAUUUUUAAAACUAGCUUUAUAACUUAGAGAAAUAAGAAUAAUUAACAUUGCAUCACUUUCUUAUGCCUCAUACCAUAUACAUUUAUUUAUAAAAUGGAUUAACAAUCGAAUUUCUAGUUUAAAAAUGAACUCCACUAAAAUUAAAGCAUCCCGUUCACCCUCGCAACAAUAAUGCUUCGACCCAACAUGAAUGCUUCGCUUGAAUCGGCUGAAUUAUCCGAGUUUAAUGAUUUACUGCAGUUUCCAAACAAAUUGCAUAGCUACAAAAUAAAUACCAUUAAAUAUUUAAACAUUUCAUUGAACUAAUUAUAUUUUCCUUUUCUUUCUCCGCUAUCUUAAAAUAAAUACAGAUGAUUUUAAAAUAAAGCUUGAUCGUCAUUUUUCACUAGGCGUAAGAAACACGCAUUAGUUAUCGAUAAGCCCACACUAAAUUAACAAAUGUAUGCAAUAAAAAGCUUUCUAUAUAAUUUAAACAUUCCCAAACUAAACAAUAAUGUUUAACUUACCUAUUUCAGUUUAAAACCCACGAAAAGGCACUAAAUUUAAGAAGAUCUUAGAUAAAAUUAGUCAUCGCCUUCUGGUUUCACAGAUCAGAGUUGGCCGUGGCGGGGUCGAUUUGCACUUUUUUUUAGCAGACGGCGUUGACUUGGUUCCAAACCUUUACGCGUUUACCCCAUAAAUGGGGCGUUCACAAAACUAUAACAGUUUUAUAGUAAAUUGGAUUACCUUUCUGAAUAUAUAUUUUUGAGAGCCGUAAAGUGAUUUUUUCACAUAGAAAACGCAAUUUUUGUGUUAAAAUCAACGUUAUUUAGCAUUAAUUUACAGUUUACAGCUCCGAAAAAUACAUCAUAUUAAAGAACUACUUUUCUACUUUCUAGAUCAGUUGUUACUGAACGCACCUGUAUAAAGGAGCUUUAGCGUAGCGAGCUGGCGCGACCCAACCAAAAAAAAAAAAUUUUUCUCCCCGAAGCGUAAUUUUCGCCGGCUCAUUUAGAAUACCUACUCUAAUUACUUUUAUCUGAUGCUUAUAUUUUGAGUGGGGAAGUGGGAUAAAUAGCCCUAUCCUUAUUGUAUGAUAACUAAUAGUAUAAAUAAUUAAAUAAAUAUAUAUAUAUAUCCAUCCAACCUAUAAGCCUAGUAUAGUAUAGCCUAUAGGUCUACUACCAUCCCAACUUAUUAUUCCAAGACCUAUUAAUAAACAAUUAACUAUUAUAGUUAAUAAUAUUUUAGGCCAUGUAAUCAUAUUUUAUUAUUUAAUGGAAAUUAUGAUUCUUAAAUUUUAAAAUAAAAAUGUUUAAAAAAAAUAUUCACUUACCUUUGAUAUUGAAAUAUCCUGAAUUCACUCACAAAUCACAAUAUUCCACAAGAAUCUUAUAUAAUCCUCAGUAUUCUUACUUAAAGAAAUAACACACUUUCUGAUACAGUAAUCCAAGAAUUUCUUAAGCUUUUACUAAAGAACAAUCAUAAAAGCUUGUACUUACCUCAAGCAAAUGACUUAGAACUUAUUUUAGUUUCUAUCAACAGCCAAAGUUGAUACAUGUUGAUUUGUGAAACAAGAUUACUAAUUUUUUGGUCAUAUUCAAAUGGGACUAAAAUACAUACAUAGAAAAUGGUAAAAAAAAAAGUAUAAUCGUCAAUUUUAUAUAAAUGAAUCAAAUAAUCCCUGUAUUAUUUGUUUAUACUGAUAAAAGUUAAACAAUUCCACAGAAAAUUUGAAAUUAAUAUCUAAAGAAUAUUAUUAUUAUUAUUAAAUUAGGGAAAUUUUAAACAUUUAUAUUUAAAAAAUAUUAAUUAAUUAAAUACAAGUAAGUGACGAGUCAGCAUAUUUUAUUCAUUUUAAUAAGGAAAAUUAUCAAAAUUAAAAAUAUUUUUUGCGGAAUAUUAACAAAAACUAAAAGUGUAUUUUGUGGCUUUAUUUAGAAGAACUUAUAUUUAACUGUGUUCCCUCAAAAUAUCAUAUUUUUGUCUCAUUUUAUAACAAAGUUAUAGGCAUACAAACAAUAGCAAUAUGAGGGUGACGAAAUGUGGAGGAAAAUCCCAUACUGAAAAGGGGGUUUUGAGGUCCUUACUAAAAAAUUCAUAACUUUUGAACCACUUGAGCUAGAAAGUUGAUCUUGGUGUUUUUGUAAACCAUUAUAUGUGCUCUAUACGGCUGUAGUAUUUUUAUGUUCUUAAAAACGUUUUGAAAUUUUAAUUUAGUGCCUAAUUUAGGAUUCAGGUUAGGUUUAGGGAUAAAUUUACUUAAAUUUAGUGACAGAAUUAACUGGUAUUCUCAACCAAGAUGGCGGCCAAUCAUGGCAUCCUCUCUCUCAACAUUUACCAAAAACUGUACAAAAAAAGUCUGAACCACAUAGUCUAGAUAAACCUAGGCAGGUAAAGUCAUCUUUGUUUGUACUUCAAUUAAUACAGUUAUUAGACACAUCUGUAAAGGAAGGGUGACCAUCUUUCUCAAUCUCAAAAGUUAUCUGUAGGGAAAAAAAUAACCAUUUAUUAACUAAAUUGACUCUUUGGGAUCAAGAAAUUAGUCCUAAAUUUAGUAGAACAAAAUUUUUCAUUAUUAUAGAAUCUAAAAUAGUUUAUUUCAGCUAAACGCUUUAGAUAUUUGAUGUGCUUGUUCUUCCUUUUAUAACAGGCAAUGAUGUUGUGAUUGUUAAGAAUGGUCAUAGGAUAUGUGGAAAUGGUGCUGCUCUAGCCAAUGCUCCCAUAGCUCAAAAUAAAGCAUAUUACGAGAUAAAGAUUCAGUGCACAGGUAAGCUUUAUCAUUGUGGAUUACACGCUCUACCAUUUAUGGUCUUGAUUUCAAACACAUAUAUUUGUUAAAUCUCUAGGGACGGAAGGGCCGAUCUAUUGACCCAAUGUGGACAGGCAAGAAAGACAAAAGUCAGAACCCUCUGCCCAAUAAAUUGAGCCUAGUGAUUGGCUGGCUUGGCAUUAUACCAGCGAAUCAAAUUUAUUCUUAUGUAUUCCUGCAAAUCCUCGCAUUGUAAUGGUGGCAUUCGUAUAUGUUGAACUAGAUUUAUUUCAAAUUUGUGUGCAGGAAUUUUUUUUUGUGUGUAUAGUUAUAUCGGGAAAUUCGAACAUGUCUGAUAGUGACUCUGAUCAAAUUGUGCUUAGUGACAUAGUGAUUCUGAUUUCUCGCUGUCUAGCAGUGAAUCUGACUCUGAUGAAAACAACCAGGAAAGUAAUGAAGACAAUCAAAAUGAUUUUGGUUACCGUACGAUAAUGUUGUGAAUCCUUGGUUUAGGAUUAGGGGUUCUAAAUUGGAUAGAGAUGACCCCUAUGAAUUUUUAGAAAAAAUAGAGCCUAUAAAUAUGCCUCAUGGGAUAAGCACCCCAGCUGAGUACUUUAUGCUAAUUUUUACACAAAAUAUCUUUUAAAUGUUUGUGAGAGAGACUAAUAAUAACUUAUUAGUAUGCAGACAACUUUUUCAGUAACACACAGCUCAAAUAAACCAUAACUGGGUGUACAAUGGUGAAAAGGACUGCUCUGUCUGUAACAACGGAAGAGUAUCCUGCGGGCAGGAAAAGGAGUAGUGCUAGGGGCGUCUGAAGGGCCUCCAUGGGCCUUGUUUCCCAAAACACAUGUGUUAGGAUCUAUUCAUGCUUCAUCCAUCAAAAAAUUCACACAAUUUACAGCGAUAAGUCAUGUUUAUUCUCAGAUUUAAAAAAAAUAAUUCAUGCAUAAAUUAUGCAAAUCAGGAUGGCUCAUUUGCAUAAAUGUUGAGAUUUCAGUUUGAUUUAUACGUAUUGUAUUAGCUUAUUCAAUUUUCUCAAGAAUAUAUAUAGUUUUAUGUAUGUAAAGUAAAUAGUUUAUUUUUUAUACUUUUCUUUGCAACGCGAGUGCCGAGUUUGUAAAAAGUGCUCCGUCUUUUUGGCAGACACCCCGAAAAGGCUCCGCCCUGAAAGGGUGAACUAUUAGGCUAGUUUGAUAUAAAUGUGCAACAUUUAACGUAAAUAGCAUUAUUAGAUCUAUAAUUUUAACUUGCAUGACAAAAUUUGUAAACCCGUGUCUGCUAUAAAUAGGGUUAGAGAUGCACACUGGGCUGGGAUCACCCCACACACACAUGCCCUUUCUUUCCUGAAAAUUGUGUAUCCAUCCAUUCCUGUGGCGAUACAGCCCAUGUAGGGCUUUAGCCUGCCUCACUACUUCCUUCCACUCAGACCUAACUAAUGCUUUUCUUUCCAUGCAUAAAUUCCCAGUUGUUGUAGAUCUUUUUCCACAUCAUCUAUCCAUCUAAUCCUAGGUCUGCCUUUGAGCCUUUUACCUCUGGGGUUUUGGUGAUGCACCCUCUUCACUCCUCUGUCUUUUUUUUUUCUCUUUAAGUGUCCUGCCCGGUGUAGCCUGCCCUUUUUUAUUUCUGCUACUAUCGUGGGAUCUUGAUAUUAGACUGUACAAUUCAUGGUUGGUUCGUAUUCUCCAUCCAUAUUCGUCCUUUGUUGGUCCAUAUAUUUUCCUGAGAACGUUUCUCUCCCAUGUGUUUAAUAGGUUUUCUUCCGUUUUUGUUAGGGUCCAAGUUUCACUUGCAUAUGUUACAACUUGUCUGAUUACAGUUUAAAAAUAGUUUUCUUUGUUUCUCUUGUAAUGUUUUUACUUUUGAGUAUUUUCUGACUGCUGAAGUAUGCCCUGUUUCUGGCUGAUAUUCUUUCUUUUAUUUCUGUUACUAAUUCGUUUCUUUAAUUUAAUAAAGAUCCUGGGUAUUUGAAUUGAUUUACUUUUUCAAAAGUCUGGUUUCUAAUUUUAAUGGCUUCAUCUGUCUGUUCUUCUCUUAUUAUAGCCAUGUAUUUUGUUUUUUUUUUUUUGGUUGUUAACUUCCAGCCCUGCUUGUAGUGAUGCGUCUUCUAAUUCAAUAAAAGAUUUUAAUAUGUCAUUAAUACUUUUCCCUUGAAGUGCUAUGUCAUCAGCAUAUACAAGAUACUGAAGGGAUUGAUUGUAGAGAGUGCCCAUUGGUUGUAGGUCUUGAGUUUCCCUCAGAAAGUAUUGAGUUAUUGUUCCUCGGUUGUCAAUAUGUGUGCUUUUUAUAACUCUCUCUAAUGUUAAUUUAAAAAUUUUUGAGUUUUUCAAUGUUACAUAUAUCAGUCUUGUCAGUUUGUUGGGUAUGCCAAACUCCUGCAGUCUCAUAUAGAUAUUUUAUUUUGAUGCUGUCAUAGGCCAUUUUAAAGUCCACAUAGAGUUGAUGUACUGGGAAAUUAUAUUCAUAACAUUGAAAAUUGUGAAUGCAUUCAAAUAAGGUUUAAAACACCUUUUUUUUUUUCCUUAAUUUUUUUAAAAACAAAUAUCAAUUUAGUUUUAGUUAAACACAAAAUUACUUAACACAGCUUUUUUACAACUAUGUCACUUAAUGAAGUGGAAUCUUUUUAUGAUUAUUAUGACUCAUCAGAAAAUUAACCAUUUAAAAAUCCAGAGGGAUGACAAUUUUGGCACCCUGCGAGAAGGGUGCAACCUUUUUACCCCCCCCCCCCCCUUUGCCCUGCCCUAGUAUUCAGAUAAGCAAAAUUUAGUUUUAAUUAAAAACAAAAUUACUUAACACAGGUUUUUUACAACUAUGUCACUUAAUGAAGUUGAAUCUUUUUAUGAUUAUUAUGACUCAUCAGAAAAUUAACCAUUUAAAAAUCCAGAGGGAUGACAAUUUUGGCACCCUGCGAGAAGGGUGCAACCUUUUUACCCCCCCCCCCCAUUUGCCCUGCUCUAGUAUUCAGAUAAGCAAACUGAUUUGUCUGUUGCCAUUUAAUUCCAUUUAUUGAUACAUAAAGACCAAUUAGCUGUUGACCAUUGUUAUAUAUUCCAUGCAUGGAAAAGCAUCAGUUAGGUCUGAAUAGAAGGAUGUAGUGAGGCAGAACCAAAGCCCUACAUGGGCUGUACCAUCACAGGGAUGGAUAUUCUUAAAUAUAUUAAUCUUUGAUUGAUACCAAGAAAACCUUAUCUUCAUCAGCAAAGUACCCCAAAAAUAUUAUUAUCUGAUAUCCAAAAGCUAAGGUAGUUUGCUGGUUAGUCCGUUAGUUUAUUAUCUAUUUAAACUGAUCCAGCCCCACUCAGCUUGAAUUCUUUGCUCUACUGUGUCAGGUAAAUGGGGUGUGGGUCUUGCCACCAGGAGAUGUAAUCUCAAUAAAACCCCACUUGGUUGCGACACUGACAGUUGGGUGGUCAGACAAGAUGGCUGCAUGUUUCACAAUGGAGAGGAGAAGGGCAAGCUCCCUGACAUUCCACAAGAAGGAGACAUAGUGGUAAGAGAUUAAAGAAAUUAAGUAAAACAGUCAACAACUUACAAGAUACAAAUGUAGAAGAUUCUUGAAAUGUAAAGUUAAAAUGAUCCAAAUGUUUUGAUGACAGUGUAUGUAUUCAUUUUCAGAAAAAAAACUUUUUGAUUAAAUUAGCACUUUGAAACCAGUGACAUUUUGAAGUAAGACAUUAUUGUCAUACCACACUUUUAAAAUGCCAAUAUUGGCUUGAGAGUGGGUAAUCUAUUUUCUAGUAGCAGGGAAAGGAUGGUAUAUUCAAACUGAUGGGGAAAAAAUGGACUCCUCUAAAUUUUGGUCGUUACUUGAGGAAUGUUUUUCAUCAGCAUUUUACACCAUCCAGCAUAAAAAAGAUUUCAUUAUUAAAUAUUAAUUCAAAUAUUCAAGUGGAUUUCUGAAUUUUAUGAUUGUUUUGAAUGAGAUUUAAAGUGAAAAACUAUAAAUAUUUCCCUGGGCUGCUUAUGCCUUUUGGCUUAAUUCAAAGUCACUUAUUUUCUAAUCAUUUAUAAGGGUCACUAAGUACAAACAAAAUUAAUAUUAAAUGACAGAAAAUCAUAAAAUAUUAAUGGAAGCCACCAUUAAAAUGGCAAGAUGGGCUAGAAAUUUGAGAAGCAAUCUGAUUAGCUGGUACAAAGACCAGGCAGCCAAUUUUAAGCCUUUUUUCUUUUUAGGCUGAUAGAGUCCCCAUAGAUGUGAGGUGUGAUGACAUAUGAUGGCUGGUUUAUACACUUUAAAAAUGCUUUAGAAUCUAGAAGUAUCUGAAAUUAAAAUUGUCCUAGUUAAAAAUUAAUUAAAUUAUCUAAAGGAGAAAUUUAAAAAAAUUUAAUAUGCUGAAAAUGAAUUUGUACAAGGUAAUCUAUUGUCAAAACAUAUUUGGGCAGUGAAUUUUGAUCAAUAAAAGAAUCAUUUAUCUUAUAUUAAGUCUGCUAAUUUUUUUUUAAAUCUUAUAUUUUGAUUAUGUACUAAAUUAAAUGUUUGUAGAGAUUUAGCGGAACUUAAAUAAACUAAGACAAGACAACUAUUUCCCCAUUUUGAAACUGUAAGCCCUUGUUAUAUGCCUUAUUGGUAAUAGCUCUCACACUCACCUAUUUAAUUUCAGACAGUGUUGACAGCAAACUAAAGCCAAACAAUAGUUUUUCAUGAUUUUAAGUUUUUUUUUCUGACGCUGCGCUGCACCUUAUUUAUAAUUAACUGUGCUCUGUUUCAGGGGUUGACUUAUGACCACAUAGAGCUAAACUUUUUCCUAAAUGGCAGCCCUGUCAAUGCACCUUUCAAUGGAAUAAAGGGCACAGUCUAUCCAGUGUUCUAUGGUAUUCCGUCCUGAUAUGUUUAUUGUGUUUAUAAUUUAGUUGGAUGAAUCAAAAUCAUAUUCAUUCGAGUAAUUUAUACUUUAAAUAACUUUACGCUAGUGAUUUUUAAAAAAAAAUUUUUUCCUCCCAUCUUUUGUUGCUUGUUUCGAUUUUAUAUAAUAAAAAGGACGUGAAGCAUCUGCUAUAUAUAAUUUCAAUGUGUUACAGUUGAUGAUGGUGCUGUCCUUGAUGUACAGUUUGAGAAGUUCUACCAUUCACCUCCAGACGGCUUUGAUCCCAUCAUGAUAGAGCAGUCUCUAUUAUGAUGUUGUAGUCUGCAUGAGCUCCUGUUAUUUCUGUCCUAGAUUAAUUUUCUGUGACAGUGAAAAAAAUAUCUCUGACUGUGAAUGCGUGCCUGUCUAUUCUUGUGAGAAACCAAUUUUUUUUUUUGUGUGGCACUCUGUAAAUAGUUGCGUGAAUUCAUGUUAAUUUUGAAGGUAGCUAAUGGAGAUUUUUCUUUGUCUACCAAGAACAUUGGUAACUUGAAUAAGCUUUAAUUGAGUGGGGAAAGGCUUUGCCAAAGAAUACCUUUUUACAAAAACUACAUUUUCUCUGUGUUUUCAUAUUAAUGGGGUUUUUUUUAAAAAAAGAAAAUCGUAUGUUCAGCUUCAAAAUUUGUCUGUCGAAUGAAAUAGCUUUUAUCUUUAAUCACAUAUGUGUCCAUCAAUUCACUGAAAUGGCCACAAUUUCUUAAUUUUUUUUUAAAAUCUCUAUUACUGGUAUAGACUUACUAUUGAAGUGAUUGAUGAUCACAAAUUAAUCUAAAAUGAAGAGAGAAAAAAAAAUUCACUGUAAUGAAAAUCUUUAAAAUCUUUGUUUUACCCAAGUUUUGAAAUGAUUUAAAUUUAAAACACAAAGCACUAAUUCUGCCACAAGAGUUACAUAUAUAAAUCAGUAAUAUAUCAGUAUAUAUAAUUCAUUGAUCGUGGGCCCUUAAAAUAAAGAAGAAGAAGAAGAAGUAAUGAUGUUUGCUUUUGAUGUGAAUUGCUGAUGAAAAGGUUGAUUGAAAUAAUCAAACUUCGAGAACUAUUCAGAUUUCAGGCCUGGACAGCCAGCAACCAAAAGAUUCAGACACAUUUCACCAACGGUCUGAUUCUAUGAAUUAAUUUAUAGUUUACCAGUUUUUAAAGCUGGGGCAUUGGCAUUAAAGUUACACUUAUGGCGCUUAAAUUUUUUUUAAUUGGCCUUCAAACUUGUGAUCAGCCAGGUUUAUCUAUUUCAAAUCCAUGUCUGCCUCAUCAGCCUAGGUUUCUAUUCUUUGUUCUUAGUUAACAGCAAGCUUAAAUUUAAAUUCAGUUUUUAAAUUUAUAGCAUUGGCUGAAUCAGGUUUAAAAAUAUUAUAAAGUGUCAGAUGGCCACACUUAUAAUGCAGGAUGGCCCUUGGAUAAUGUUUACCUUACGUGUCUCAAGAUGCUAGUAUAAUUAACAUUUAAAAUAAAUUUAUGCUUAACUUUGACGAAAUUCAGAUUAAAUGUUAUUAAUUGUGAAAAAAAAUUUUUAUUGGGUUUAACUGUACUUGCCGGACUGCUAUUUCUACUAAUUAUUUGUAAAUUUAUUAAGUUGACUACUUUUCUCUGAUGUGUAUUUCUCUUACUUGAUCUAUGUAAAUUAGUUAAGUCCUGAAUUGUAAUUAUGAGUGCAUUAAGUUGAAAAUGUUUGCUAAAAACAGUUUAUGUAACAUACUUGUAAUCCUCAUUGGAACAUUUUUUGUUAUUUUUGGAAAAGAUUUUGUUUCUUUUAUUAAUACACUUCUUUUGAACAGAAAUAGAAAUUAUUUCAUCUGAGGAAAAAGCUAUAUGUAAUAUUUUUUUAAAUUACAUUACUGGACAAAAAUGACCGGUACUAUGUUCUACAGGGCGAAAAAAAAAAGAAUAAAAAAUCCAAGAAAAUUUCUAUUGCACAAAAUUUUGCUUGAAUUGACUUUACAAUGUAAAUAUGGGCAAAAUAUAUCUCUAAUGUGAGAAGAAGAAAAAACAUAAAUGAAGUGUGUCAACUGCUCAUGCUGUUACUCAGUUCUAUUUUAACUGAUAACAACCAGGGGAAACUACCAAAAAUAUAUUUUUUAUUCUGCAGACAUCCAAUUCAUCAAAGUUUAGAGCAUAUGUUAAUAACUUUUUAAAGAGAGUGGGGUGGGGGUUGUAAAUGUAAGCAGUAAUGGAAAAAAAAAAAUUACAUUUGACAUAAUUUGAAUUCCCUGGAGAAAUUGUCAUUUUAUUUUUUGCCUACUGGGUCACUGUGUCAUUGUUAGAGAAGGAGAAAUGAAUCAGGAAUCUGCAUCUAAAGAUGGCCAAAACACAUGGUCCAUAUAAAGAUAUCUUAUCCAGAUAAAAACUAAUUUAAGGUAAUUCAAAUGUGUCACCACCCAUUAGUAAUUAGGAGACGGAAAGCUCAUAUUAAAGAUCUCUGAAUAGUCAGUGAUCUUAAAACCGUUACAAAGGGAAUCCAGUGAUUAAGUUUGUAAAUAGUUGUGUUUUUUUUUAAAAUUAUUAUUCAAAGCAGUUAUUUUUAAUUCCUC